GGCGGGAGGUAUUUACAACCUGGGAGGGGAGAGGAGAGGAGAGGAGAGGAGAAAAGGUGAUGGUAGCGGGAACCCUGUGAGCACGGAUGACCACUCAGCACAUUUCGGCGCCGUGCAAGUGGAAACAAAAGCCGGCGAUCCACUGAGCACAUUUAAUACGUGGUAUUUUGGCGCCGUGAAAGUGGAAAUAGAAGCCUUGAUUGUCGGUGCUAAGGAGGGAAAUUGUACGGGGACUACCGUAAGAGCUGGAAGGAAGCAAUGGCGUCCGAGUCGGAGCAGGUGCGGGCAUCUGGCGAGCGAUCGCCACAGCACGAUGUUCACACUGAAAAGGAAGAAACUGGGAUAUCAGUUGGUGAAAAGGCGCCAGCGGGAGGAACGGAAGCAGUCGAGCCAGCAGCGGUGACUGGUGGCGGAAGGGAUGUGCAAGGCAGUCUCAGGGCAGUGGCAGAGAUAGCGGCUGGCGCCGCCGGUGCGGCUACUGGCGAGGAGGGUCACGGGCAACAGUCCAUUGACGAGGUGCCGUCCCACUUGGCGCCAAGCCUGGUCGGGACGUACAAGACUUUGGCGGGAAUUAGAAGGAAACUGCUGCAGAUGCGAGCGGACAAGACGCCGCACACGGCGGACGAUAUCAGGAAGUAUCAGCAGAUGGUCGAUGCAAUAGACAGCAAGAGAGCGGACGGCAUUUUCGGUGGUUCCCUCAAGGUGGGAAACAUUCCUCCGGGCCAGGGGGCAAUGCGCGAGCUGAUGGACGCCGUCUACGACCUCAUCGGCAGUUUAAUGGACACAAGUUCAGAGAUGAACGCGGAGGUGAACCACAUCUACAAGACGCUAAAGGGAAUCGCCAGGAAGCUGGACAAGAUGCAACGAGACAAAUCAUACUCGUUGGAGGAUCUUCAACACUACCAGCAAAUGGUGGACGCGAUCGAUCGACGGCGGAUCGAAUCCGACGGGAUAUUUGCUGGCUCGAAAGACAAUGUCCCUGCAGGGCAAGCUCAGUGUUCAGCGGCGUUGGCGGAGUGUUACAGGCGGAUCGAAAAGCUGAAAGAGACGACGCAUGAGCUGAGUCCAGAGGUACGGAACAUUGUGAAUCAACUGAACGGCAUCAAGAAGAAGCUGGAGAAAGUGAAGGAUCAGCCACACACGAUGGCUGAGCUUCGGCAGUAUCAAGGACAAUUACAUGCCAUUGAAAGGAAUCGCCAUGAAGGUGUGUUUGCAGGAUCGCCGCAAACGCGCAUUCCUGCGGGACAGGCUGUAUGCGCGGAACUGCUCGGAGAGUGCUACGAGCUCCUGAUGCAGCUGAAGGACACGGCGGUCGAUGCCUUGGAAACGGAGACGUCGAUCAUGCUGCAGGUUGAGGUCCAACCUCAGCCUGCGUAACGUUCAACGCGCGAAGCCAGCCAACCCCGCUGCCAGAAAGCCAGCCGCCCGCCCACCCGUCCAGUCACUCGAGUAGACUGACGGCCGCGCAGAGGAGCAAGUUUCUAACGAGUUUCUAGUACCUCGAAUAGAACGCGGGGUGGCCGCGCAGAGGAUCAAGUUUCCAUGCUAUUAAGUUCUAGAACCCCGAAGAGAACACGGGGUGAUUAUGUCUGUAUAACCUGGAAGUGGCAUCGGGUAUAAGCUAGAGGCAUCGGAGAGAAUCAAUAUCUUCGUGAUGAGGAGCAGAAGAUUGCAAGGAGCAGAGAAUUGGUCUUCUUGACGAGGAACAAGAGACCGAGAAACGUGUGUUGGCAGUCAGUUUCAGCAGUCAGCUUGGCACGUUAGUAGCUUCGGAGAGAAUCGGUCUCCGUGAUGAGGAGCGGAGAAGUGAGAGUAGGAGACUAAGGAGAGAAGUCGUCUAAUCAGCAACGUUGUUUUGUCGGUGUCACGGGAGACCGAGAAACGCGUGUUGGCAGUCAGUUUCAUAGGUCACUAGCAAUGACGGACUCGAUUUCACUGUUUCGUUGUGUCACGGGAGACCGAGAAACGCGAAUUGUCAGUCAGCUUCAGAGCGCAGUAGCUUCGGAGAGAGUCGCUCAGAGACUCUGUGACGAGGAGCAGAGAAUUGGUCUUCGAGACGAGGAACAGAGAAUCGGUCUUGGUGACGCAGGAAGUAGGGAGUGAGGGUGUUAUCUGCGGAGCACUCGCUGCAGACGCAGUCGGGUUUACGCAAUAGGCAAAGAACGCCGGUUCAGGGGAACAGGACCGGAGUGCAGGCGAACAAAAGCGUGAGAUGUGUGCUGAGUGGCGGCGGAACAUCGAUAGACGCCGGGAAGCAUACCUAAACGAAUAUAUAUGUGUAUAGAUGUAAAUACAUAAAUAAAUAACAAAUAAUAAUGACAUAA